UCCACUGCUGGCAAGGUUCACUUUUACAAGUUUACUCGUGCUCUCCACUGCCCCUUCGAUCCAGGGCAAACUUCCAUGGAGGAGGAGCGACGAGAGUGGAUCUACUGUUUCUCUGUCAAGGAGAUCAAGGAGGCUCUCGCAGCGAAGCGGGACAACAAGCGGCACUUCAAUGCGAUUGCGUUUCCUUGUGGGCACAUGUGGGAGCUUGUCCCAUCCAAAGGUGAGUUUGUUGAUAAGGUGAAUGCUGCCGUCGAGAGGUUUGGAGGCACAGAGGAGGAUCUGAUUUGUGUGCUCAACUGGUGCAUUUCAAAUCCACCCAGUUUAGACGUGGCUCUGGAUGUGGGAGAUGCUCCUGGUGAUGGCAGUUCGUCUGCUGCUGCUGCUCACAUUGACAUUCUCAAGGCCGCUUUGGUACCACAGCUCGACAUCAGAUUCAUCAACUUCGCUGCCAGGGUCGCUUGUAGGUUGGGCAUUCCCAGUGAUCGGAUGCAAAGGGUGGCAGAGGGCAUUGCUCCUCCUCAGCAGGGACAGGACAUUGGCCAGAUUGAGGUGCAGAGGUUUGCAAAGCUACUGAUGAUGACAGAGGAAUUCAAAGUCUUGAAAGGCCUAGAUUUCCGUUGGGGAGGCAAAGACAUCCUCACACCACCUCAGGAGCUUGAGUUGGCCUUUGCUCAGCUCGACUGCUUGACAGAGCUCUGGUUGGACAAGGUUGGGAACCCAGAGACUCUCCUUAGCCAACUCCUUAGGAAAGCAGGAAACAACUUGAAACGUCUCGAAUUGCGGGGGAACAGGAUGACAGUGGAAGGAUUUGGGAAAUUGAGUAGGGAUCUGGCAAGUCAGGAGUGCAAGGUGGAAGAGUUAGUCAUCGAAGAUAAGGACAUUGACAAGGAAGGGUGGGAACAGGCAUUUCAGAAUGGCAUUUUCAAUAAGCUAGUGGCACUGGAGGCAUAUUCGUUUCCAGAGGAGGCAGGUGAAGCACUCUUCAAGGCACUCACGAGUCCAAACUGUUCGCUGCAAAGACUAUACCUAUUUUGGGGUACUGAUGCUGGAGUGUUGCCAUGGGUAUGCAAGGCUCUUCAGGAGGGCACCAGCCUGUCAGUUUUAGAUUGCCGAGAAAUGAGACAGAGUGAGGACCUGAGCAAUGCAACGGGCCUGGGUGAGGCCCUGUGCAGCGCUAAGUGUGGCUUGGAGGAACUCUGCGUUAGACUUUAUCCAGGUGAUGGUGGUGGAUGGUUGGGCAGAGCGCUACAAAAUCCCAAUUGCAAGCUGAUCAAGCUCAACCUUGACCUUGAUUGGUUCAACGAGGGAGGAGGAAUGGUCUGUGACAGCAGUCUGUGGUCAGCUCUCUCAAGUCCACAUUGUAAGCUGCGCCAUUUGAAAAUAUGGGGUAGCAGGACAGAGUUACCGUUGGAGUUUGCCGAGGGCAUAGAGAAGAGCCAACUGGAGCAUUUGGGUAUAUGGAGCUGCAAAAUCACGAAUGGGGAGCCCUUUUGGAAAGCUAUCACCAGCUGCAAGUCUCUGAAAGCUUUGUCAUGUGAGUCGGAGCUGCCAUGGAGGUGCCUUUUGGGAAGCAGCAUUGAAGACUUGGAAAUACGUCAGGAAGAAAUUGAAAAGCUGGAAGAGCUUUGCCAGUUGCUGGGGGAUCCAAAAUGCAAGGUGCGCAGAUUCAGGGCUCGUUUUCUUGAUAGUGAUGCACAGAAAAGACAAAUUCUGGCUGCCCUGGAGGAAAACUACCAAAGCCUCGUGGAAGAGCUUGAUAUAGGCAGUGAUUCCGAAGCUUCUGAAGCUUUCAAGCAGAGGUGUUCUGGUCUUUUAGAGCGGAAUGCAAUCUUCCAGAAGAGUGCAUUCAAGGACUUUGACAACCCAUCAACAGCAAAACUCUUCUUGUGUGGUGAUAGCAGGGUUGGAAAGACCACAAUAAAAAACAACCUCUGCCGCAGAGUGUCUUGGUUUCCAUCAUGUCUCCAAAGGCAUGCUUCAACAGCAGGCAUUGAGCUGCAACCACUUGUCUAUGCGACCACCAAACAAAAGCUGCUCAUUUGCGACCUGGCUGGACAGGAAGAGUUCCAUGCUUUCCACCAGUACUUUCUCAGAGGAAGUGAGAAGGAUCUCUUCUUGAUCGUAUGCAAGGUGGAGGAUGACAAUUGUGACGUUUUCAAGCAGAAUUUGGUUUACUGGCUGAGGUUCAUCGCUUCACAUCAAUCAGCCUCACCCAAAAGGAAGCCCAGGGUCUUGAUUGCCUUGAACUUUUUCACUCCAGAACCCGACUUUGACCCAAAGGAGGUGGUUUCUGCAAUAAUCUCCGACAAAGGCUAUUGGCAAGUACUUGAGUUUGGGAAUGACUUUUGUUUUGAGGUGGUGGCCACUCAAGUGAAAGAUUUAAGGGGGAUAAAAACCAUGUUGGGGAGUUGCUUGGAGGAACUGCUGUCAGCCCAGCAACAAAUACCACGGGAAUGUCUCAAAGCAAAGAGGAAAUUGGUACAAGAUCCAAGUCACAAGAAGGUCAUACCCCUAGAAAAAGUUGGCAAAAUUCUCUUGCCUCACAGGAGUUCCAAGAAUGUUCUCAAAUUCGUCUUGCAAUUUCUACAUGAUUCUGGUGAUGCAAUUUACUUUGGCUUGGGACAUGAAGAGGACGACAUUGUGUCUCAAUUUGUCAUCUUAGAUGUCCAAUGGUUUAUGAGGGAUGUGGUGCAACUCUUCAUACAUACUGAGACAAGCAAAUUCAAAAGUCAAAUGGAAACACACAGAGUUAAACAUCAGUUGAAGCAACAAUGUGGGAACCAAGACAAAAUAGUGGAGUACAUUCUUGGAGUGCUCCAUGAGAUGGGAGUGAUAUUGCCUUGGGAUGAUAAAUGGGAUGGGAAUUGGCAUAACUUGCCCAAAGAGCCGAUAAUGCCAACAUUAUUGCAAGAAGAAUAUUCACCUCCAGAAUAUUUAUUGUCACCCUCAGUGCCAAUUGACACUCAAAAAAACCACAACUACUGGGGCAGGAGGUUUGAAUGCAAAGACAAGGACUUGAAAUUGUUUCCUGCAAGUAUUUUCACAAAGAUCCAAGUUAAACUUCACAAAUUAAGCAAGAAAGGUUUUAGGCCUGGGAAUGGAUGGGUGGCUUUGAAAGAAAACCUUAUCAAGACAAUUGUUAGAGUUGGGGGAGACACAGACAAUUGGAAAGAUAGGCAAUGGGUUGAUGUCAUCAUCUACUACCCAAAAAAGGUAGAGAAUGCACCAAGGCCGGAUUUGGAAAAAGAAGCUGAAGGAUGGAUGGAAAAAAUUAGAAAUUGCAUUAUUGGGGUAUGUAUAGAGGAUUGCCCAUUUUUGGAAAUUGAAGAAAAUGUGAUGAGACGUGGUUAUGUGUGGAGAAGGAUACUAAAUAAUGUGGGCAAACCAAAAUCAUGGGAUGCAGUUAUUUAUCCACUAAAGAAAGUCAAAUGUGAAGCAAGAGAAAGCGGUCUAGACUACUCUCACACUUGGAAUGAUUCACAUGAAGCAGAGAGUUGGGAUGUGAUUAACGAUUUGAAGGUCUCAGAUGAGAAUGCUUUGGCCAAGUUAUUGAUGCCUAAUGAGCAAAAAUAUGAAGUGGUGAAUAAGUUUGUUGAGCUUCAUGAACUCUUAAAGGACUAUGAGGAGGUUGGAGAAGUCACAAUUCCCAAAGCAUCAUUAAAUGUUGUUGAGUUUCCAAACAUUGAAGACCCAAAACUCGAUGCAAUUUUUAGAUAUUUUGAUAAGAAGUUUGAUAAAAUGGAGAAUCGGUUUGACAAGUUGGAUACAAAACUUGAUAACAUUGAAGUAAGCCUUAACGAGCUCAAGAAUGGACUCAAGUCUAUCAUGGAUAAAGUGAAUGCAAUCCAUACAACGUGUUUUCAAGUAUUAUUGAAAUUGGAGACAGAUUGCCCAAAAUAUCCAUAUAUUCUUGAUGAGAAUAAUAGGUGGAAAAAUUACAGCAAAAUAUUGGGAACACAUGUUAAACUUCACUACUUGUGUGAAUGGCCUCAAGGAACUUUUAAAGGUCAUCAAGUGAAGAGUUCUGUAGGUGUUGAAUUGGAUCUCCCACCAAACUGGCUCAAGAAAUUUGCUCCAAUAUUUAAACAUACAUUGAUCCUAUUAUUUAUUGGGGCUAAAGUUGGAGGACAUUUUGCUGGUGUUGGAGAAAUAAUGAAUGCAAUGGUGGAUGAGAUCAAGGGAAGCCUCAUAAGCUUUUUGGAUUCAUGUCUUCUCAAAAAUAAGUUAACUACAAAUCCCAAAGCAGAAGAUGUGCAAGAGAUAUUUAAGCUAGUGACAACUACAAUUGGGAAAGAAGAAAAACAGGAGACAAUCAUGGAAAAACAUUUUGCUCUUCAUCCCACAAUCUUAGAGGGAAGAAAAAUAUGGGUCUGCAAAGAUCAUCAAUCUAAAUUUUUAUGAGGUGGUUUAGUAAAACAAAGGUAAAUAAACAUGCUUUAUAUAGUUAUUACUAUAUGUCUUUGGUAUGAUUGGGGUAUUUUUUAUAGCAGAAGUUAAGGAGUGUUGAAUUUUUAAUGCUUUAAAUGAAGGAAAAACUACCAAAUAAUUUAUUUUUUAUCUUAUAAUUUAGAUGAUAAAACAAUAUAUAUUUACAAAGGGUAUUUAAAGUAAAUCAUUAAUCAUAUGUUUUGUUUUUCAUCCCAUAAUCCUGGAUGAAAGAAAAAUAUGGGUCUACAAAGAUCAUCAAUCUAUAUUUUUACGAGAUGAUUUGGCAAGAUGAAAGUAAAUAAAUAUGCUUUAUAAAGUUAUUGCUAUAUGUCUUUGGAAUGAUUGGGCUAUAUUUUGUAAUAGAAGUCAAUGAGUGUUGAAUGUUUAAUAAUUCAAGUGAAGGAAAAGCUAGUCAAAUGAUGUCAUAUUAAUCAUAUUUUGAUAAGAAGACUAAAAUUGUGAAAGAAAUUGAUCAAAAGACAA